CGUCUUUAGAGCUCCUUCUCAGCUCAGCCUUCAUCACUGCCGUGCAGCCCAGAAGACCGACCGCUGAGACCACCUGGAGAAGAGGAUGAUCCUAAACAGAGCUCUGAUUCUGGGGGUCCUCACCCUGACCACCAUAAUGAGCCCCUGCGGAGGUCAAGACAUCUUGGCUGACCAUGUUGCCUCCUAUGGCGUAAAUGUCUACCAGUCUUACGGUCCUUCUGGCCAAUAUACCCACGAAUUUGAUGGAGAUGAGCAGUUCUACGUGGACCUGGAGAAGAAGGAGACUGUCUGGCAGCUGCCUGUGUUUAGCAAGUUUACAAGUUUUGACCCGCAAGGUGCACUGAGAAACUUAGACGUAGGGAAACAUAAUUUGGACAUUAUGAUUAAACGCUCCAACUCUACUGCUGCUACCAAUGAGGUUCCUGAGGUGACUGUGUUUCCCAAGGCCCCCGUGAUGCUGGGCCAGCCCAACACCCUCAUCUGUCACGUGGACAACAUCUUCCCUCCUGUGAUCAGCAUCACGUGGUUGAGGAAUGGGCGCUCUGUCACAGAAGGCGUUUCUGAGACCAGCUUCCUCUCCAAAAAUGAUCAUUCCUUCCUCAAGAUCAGUUAUCUCACCUUCCUCCCUUCUGAUGAUGAUAUUUAUGACUGUAAAGUGGAGCACUGGGGCCUGGAUGAGCCACUCCUGAAACACUGGGAACCUGAGAUUCCAACCCCCAUGUCAGAGCUGACGGAGACUGUGGUCUGCGCCCUGGGGUUGACCAUGGGCCUCAUAGGCAUCGUGGUGGGCACUGUCUUCAUUAUCCAAGGCUUGCGCUCAGGUGCUCCCUCCAGACACCAAGGACCCUUAUGAGUCACACUCCAGAAGGGAAGGUGCACUGCCCAUCUGCAAGAGAGAAGAGCGGAUGUGCUAGAUGACCUAGAACUAUUUUCUGGCCAAGUUCGUCAUAUACCUUCUCUCCUCCUGCACUCCUCCUCUCACCUCUUCUCUGGGACUUAAGGUGCCGUAUCAUCUCAGAACUCUCAUACGUAGCCCUUGGAACUCUCCCCGUGGCCUCCUAGUUUUUUUCUUUCCUAAAUUGUUCCCUAUUGGAGAUCCCUGAGCUAUCCCACCCAGCUACUUAAUCCCUCAGUGACCCUAAACUAAUGUAUCCAUGGAAGCAAUAAAUCCCUUUACGAGGUCUUUACUGAA